AUGCUUGGCAGCAUGCUCCUGUUGCUGGCCCUGCUCCCAGCAGCCAUCUCCCUCCCCAGUGGGCCACUUGCGCCCCCGUUCCCGGGGGUUACCCAGCCUUGGAUGCGUGGCCCCCUGUUCAGUCUGGAGCUGUCUGACUCAGAGGACACCUUCCCAAGACGCGCAGGGCCGCUCGAGGUCCCGGCCGGCAGCCGUGUGUUCGUGCAGGCAGCCCUGGCUCGGCCUUCGCUGCGAUGGGGCCUGGCCCUGCACCGCUGCUCCAUGACUCCGUCCUCGCACCCAGCCCGGGAGCCCGCCCUGCCGCUACUGCGUGGGGGCUGCGCGGCCGACCCCUCAGUCGCUUUCCCGUCACCGCCGUCCCCCGACGCCUCCCGGCCCCCGGCACGCUUCAGCUUCCGCCUGCAUCCGGUCUUCAACGCUUCCAUCCAGUUCCUGCACUGCCAGCUGAGCCGCUGCCGCCGCCUCCGGGAUGCCCGCCGGAUGCCCGCGCCGCGCACCCCGCCACCACCGCCGCCAGCGCCAUCGCGGUGUCUGCCUCGCGACGGGGCGUGCGCAGGCGGCGGGAACCUCAGCGCGGAUAAUCUGCAUCUGCACACGCUCACGCAGCCCAUCAUGGUCACGGUGCCGCGGCUGCCCCCCAGGCCGCCCAAGAUCCUCCCCAGCCGGACCGUGCGCCCCGAGCCACCCGCUCCCGCCCCGGUGGCCCUGGAGCCCGCGCCGGUGGUGGCGCUGGUGGUGGCAGCCUUUGUGCUGGGCGCCGCGCUGGCCGCCGGCCUUGGCCUUGUCUGCUCGCACUCAGAUCUGCGGUUGCCACGCAGGCCGCAGCCCCCAGGGGGCGCGCUGACCCUGGCAAGGGAUGGCCUGACCCAGCAGAAGACCAGAAAUGCAGCCAACUGUGGCUUUAGGACUCUAGAUCUUAAAGAGUCAGACCCAUGGCCCUGGACAUGA